AUGAAUACUGAUGAAUUACUAUUCUUAGAGGAACAGUUCUAUCAAGAAGGUUAUGAAGAAGGCAGAAAUGAAAACUUGAAGAACAAUUUAAUAGAAGGUAAAGAGUUUGGGUUACAAGUUGGAUUUCAAAGAUUUGUGUUACUAGGUCAAAUGGUUGGGAUGUGUGAUGUCCUUGAUUCUUUACAGUUGAAGAAUAAUUCGUUAUUUAAGAACAUCGCAAAUGUCAGAGAGCUGAUCAGCUCUAUCGAGCUUAACAACAAAGAGGAGAAUGUUGAAAGUUUAGAAAAGACUCUAGUGAAAUUAAAGAAUAAAUUUAGAUUGAUUUUACUUUCAUUCCAGAGGGAAUUUAAACACAACGAUCGCAAGCCUAUCAAUUUUGAUAAUUUUGAAGACUUGUCAAGAGCAAUUGCAGGAGAAAUCAAAGGGUUUGUUGAGGAUGAAGAUGCUACAGACGCUAAGACGACUCAAGACCAGGCACAGGCUUGGUAG